AUGGUCCCUCUGCUGCUGCUGUCCAUCCUCCUCCUCCUCCUCUUUCUAUAUGUAGGACGUUCACACACCAAAUGUCGCCUCUCCGGACUUGGCCAGAACCAGCACCUUCCGCGCCCCACACCUCUGCCCUUUUUGGGCAACCUGCUGGAUUUGGGGCACAGUGAUCUACCUCGCCACUUCAUGCGCCUGGCCCAGAAAUACGGCCCCGUCUAUCGGCUCAGCCUCUGGGGGCAAGACAUCGUCGUACUGAACAAUGCAGCUUUGAUCCGGGAAGCUCUGAUUAAGAAGUGGGCCGACUUUGCCGGAAGACCCCGGAGUUAUGUAGGUGACCUGAUCUCACUGGGGGGCAAGGACCUGUCCCUUGGAGACUACACGCCGGUCUGGAAGGUGCAGAGACGCCUCACGCACUCGUCCCUGCAGAAACGGGUGAGAAGAGGCCUGGAGACGAUGCUAGCGGCAGAGGCCAGGGAACUGUGUCAGGAUUUCAUGAACAGAAAUGGGGAUCCAAUCGACGUGGCUGAAGAGUUCUCCCGGCGCACGUGUAAAGUGAUCGCAGAGCUGACAUUUGGCACAUCAUACGAGUUGUCGGACCCCACGUUCCAGGACAUCCACAGGUGCAUUGUUAAUAUAGUGAAGCUGUUCGAGGCGCCGGCCGUCAACAUCUUGGAUUUCAUCCCAUUCCUGAGGAAGUUCCCAAACAAAUCCCUAACACGUCUCCUUAAGGCCGCGGACAGAAGAGACAACUUUGUGAGGAAGCAAUUGGAGAGACAUAAGGUUCAUCUCCCGGAAGAUGAGUCGCAGGAAGACAUUCUGCACGAAAUGAUCCGUUUUCUUAAAGAAAAUACAAAGGUUGAAGGUGGAGACGCGGCAGAUCUCACAGAGGAGCAUCUUCACAUGGCCGUGGUCGACCUGUUCAUUGGAGGCACUGAGACCACAGCAUCUGUAUUAACCUGGACUGUGGCCUUCCUCAUCCACCACCCCGAGGCUCAGGAGAAAAUUCACAAGGAGAUCAUAAGCGUGGUGGGCGAUGAUCGCUACCCUACAUACUCAGACCGGACCAGGAUGCCCUAUCUCAACGCCACCAUCACAGAGAUGCUGAGACUGCGCCCUGUGGUGCCCAUUGCAGUGCCACAUUCUGCCACUAGGGACACCAGCAUUGCAGGUUUCGUCAUUCCUAAAGGGGCCACCGUAAUUCCAAAUAUCUAUGCUGCUCAUCAUGAUGAAACAGUCUGGGAAAAUCCUGAACAGUUCUGUCCUGAACGAUUCCUGACCAGUCCUGAAGGUAACGUUUCCUCCAGGUCUCUCCUCACUUUCAGUAUGGGGGCAAGACUCUGCAUUGGAGAGGCCAUGGCCCGCAUGGAAAUAUUUUUCUUCCUCUCUCAUCUCCUGAGGGAUUUUGUCUUCUCUCCGCUCUCACCCACUCUUCUUCCUGACCUUCAAGGCAUCUUUGGGAUUAAUCUGAAAUGUCAUCCUUUUUUGAUUCACUCCCUUCCUCGAGAAGUCCCUGCAAUAUCGUCAGAGACCUCGUGA